AUUGGGGCCCAACUGGUGCUCGCACUCAACCAUUUGCACGACAACGGAGUGGUUCAUCGAUGUCUCAAUCCAGAGCUGGCGUCCCUGGACUGGAGGGGUCGGGUCAGGAUCACCGAUCUCAGCACAUGCAAGCAAAAGGGCUGCGCCUUUGAGUUGGAUGUCAUCAAACGACUCAAGUAUCCAUUUAUAGCGCCUGAGAUCUUGAAGGGAGAGGUUUACGAGCCGGCAUCUGACUGGUGGUCACUCGGCUGUUGUCUCUAUCAGAUGCUGACCGGAAAGGCAUUGCUGUCACAACACGACUCAAUCGACUCAUUAAUUAAAGACAUUUCCAAAGACAACUGCAAGGAAGCGAUCGAAGAGACCGGAAUUAAGUCCAUUAAAGAGCAUCCCUUCUUCGGUGGCAUCGAUUGGCAGAAAUUGGCCACCGAUGAAAGUGUUGGCACAAUUCAAAUGGAUCUGAGUUACAGUAUUUGGUCGGCUGAACAGACAAAGAUUGAGGGCGUGUUGGGUCCCGAUUACGGGGCAAAGUAUGCCAACUGUCAUAUCAUUCAACACAAGAAGACCGGUGAGGAAGGGGUUAUGAAACUGGUCUGGAAGGCAGAGAUGCGAAAGACCAACUCCGGGUGGAAGCGAGUGAUGAACGAACGCCUCGCGUGGCAGAAGGUGUCCGGACAUCAAUACACGGCUGGCCUGAAGGGCUUCUUCGAGACGGAGGCCGCCUAUUGUUUUGUGAGCGAACACAUCCGCGACGCCGUCAGCCUUAGUGUUGUCAUCAAAUCGGCUCCACUGCCCACAGAAGUGGUCAAAUACUUGGCCGGACAGCUGGCGAUUGCCGUGAAUCACAUGCACGCCAGGGGUGUAUUGCAUCGGAGUCUGUCUCCCGAGUGUAUAUUCAUUGAAAAGUGCGGUCGACUCAGACUUUGCGACUUUGAAUCGGCGAAACUCUGCGAAUUCAGUUGCCAUCCGUUUGGCGACUGUAGUUAUUUGGCGCCCGAAAUCAUUCAGGGCAAAGAGUACGGAAAAGAGGCCGACUGGUGGGCUGUGGGCGUCAUAUUAGUGGAGAUGCUUUUAGGCAAUACACCGCUCGACAUAUUUUGUGAUAAACGCCAGAUCACUGAUGACUGUGACAUCGAUACAGAACUUUUAUUAAGAGUUACUGAAAGUAUACCCAAAAUGUUAACUAAUAUCGAGUCAAUUGGAGCUCAGAAUUUAUUGAAACAGCUUUUAGUUGCCAAUCCCGAACAACGACUUGGAUUCAAGAGGAAUGCCUACAAUGAGAUCAAAUCCCACCAAUUCUUUAAGGGUCUGUUGUGGCCGAAACUUGAAUCGCCUGAAACAGAGCUAUAGUCUAGAAAUUAACGAAUAUUUUUGUAAUUUGAACAUAAAUUGUUAGAUUAAUUGAAUGAUUUGGAUAUUAACUGUUACCAGAAGUUUGUGUUAAAUAUAAUAUUAUAACUUAUAUUUUAGACACAUUUUUGUAUAACAAAUAUAUUUUUCUUUUCAAGAAAACAAUCAAAACCAACAAAUAUUUUUCCAUUACAUUUCUAGAUGAAACAAAUAUCUAUAUUUCAUAAUUGUUAGCAAAACUC